AUGGCUCCAAUCUACUCUCUGUGGGAACCAAAGGGGGAAGAACUGGUCAAAUGGCUAACCAAUGCCAGUGAGCCAGGAUGUCCCAUCCCGAGGACCACGGUCACUUGGGCAGAUUUAGAAACGGAUCAAUAUUUCGCCUACAGCAAGAGACAAUGUCUCGGGCCUCACCAGCGUAGCCUGGCGGCCGAGCUUGGUCUUCCUGUUGAGGGAGAUAUAGAGAACCAGGAAUCUGUCUAUCGGUAUGUUUCGUUCGUGUCCAACCAACUCGAAUCCGCUAUGUGGGUCGGGAAAGUUGGACCAGGAAUGAUGAUUAUCGAUGUGAUAAUGAGGGAUUUAGGGUCGAGCGUGCCGUGGAUUUCAGAGCUGACCAAAGCGCUCUAUGAGAGGUUUUUCCCUCUUAGUGGGCUGCGGUGUGUUCUGAUAACCGAUGUUCAGAACGUGGACACCGUGAAGUGUGUGAGGAAGAUUUGCGAGACCCAUGAGCUGGAGCAUCCGCGAACUGUGAUGGACGACGCCGAGUGGCCUGAGGGGAUUUGGACGUUUCCUUCCCCGGAGUUCCACGCCUUGUUGGGUUCCCGACUUGGUAAGGUUGUCGCCUAUUUCAUUCUAGGUGCGUAUGGCCAAGGUGUUAAGCGGGUCAGCCGAAUCACAUUCUUUCACGAUGGAGCGACUGAACUUAACUUGCGGUUUGAUAUUGAGGAUGUUUGA